AUGUCUCAAGAAAAUAAAAAUAAUAUUCCCUCUGAUGUAGAUAUUAACGCUUUAGCUGAUAGUCUUGCGAGUCUCUUGCAGACCACUGAAGAGCAAAAACAUCCAGAGGUUCGCUUUGCCGAAAUAAUCAAUAUUCAGGAUUACAUAGACAAGUCUUGUGGUGGAAACAUAUUACCCUACAAUAAAGAGACCUUACGUAUUUUAGGUUUAGAAAAUAAGAAACUUGAAUGGUCUUCGCUUACAAAUGUUGAAGAAGUAGAUAAUCUUCUUGAAACAUUAAACAAUCCAACCGCUGGUAACAACACGAUCGGUAAUGCUUCAGGAGAACAACGGGGCUAUGUUAUAGGAACAGUAAUUCAGAUGGUCAUAAGAUUAUUAGCAUAUUCAGUGCAGUAUCGGAAAUGUCUCUCCACUGUACCUUCUAAGCGCCUUACCUCUGCUCUUUCCGCCUUCACGGAUUACAGAAGUGCCAUGUUAGACCUUUCAAAUCCUUUUACAACACUACAGUGGAACGUUCUCAUUUCUGAUUUCCUAAAUAAGGCUCAGGCUCUGUUAAAGUUGCCAUUCAAUCCAUAUAGUGAUCCAACGGGGGAUGCUGAAAAAAUGGUAUCCGGCAUCUCUCCGUUCGUAAUUACCUGUGGUAGAAUAAUUCCUAUAGAUACCACCGUUAGUUUCAUUGAAAACCUUUAUCGCCAAGCAGUUGGGCAAGAAAAACAAGGAUUUGACAAAUGUUUUCACAUUGCUUCGGAUAUGUUGAAGUUUGGAUUUAAGGAAUAUGUAACCCACAAGAUUCCGAUGAAACUUGUUAUUAAUGGCGCAUCCACUUGUUACGUGGAUCCUAUGACCAAGACAUAUUAUUAUUCCACCCUAAUUCUUGAUCCAUUUCGCUUUAAGGUGUUAAAGAACCUUCUUAUAUAUGAAAUCACCUCUGGAAAAGCAGCUUAUAUUCACAGUGCUUUGUACUUUCUCAUGAGUAUGUGUACAUGCGAGGAGGAUUUCCAAUUAAUGAUCGAAUAUGGAGUUAUUGAUUGGCACUUCCCUCUAGAAGGAUAUGUCGGUUUCUGUAAAAAGAUGAAAGAAUUGUUAGACAUAAUGUAUUGUUGGAAACUCACAAAUACUUAUACGUGGCACUUAGACAUGGUGCAAAUCACAAAAUGGAAGGUUAAAACAAACGAUGCUACUGAUUUCAGUGACUUCGCGGUAUCCUGUUAUACCGGAGGGUUGUUAAAGAAAGAAGUAUCUGCCACUUUAUAUAGCAAUAUUGACUAA